UGCACUUCUUGGCGAGCAGUCCACCUAAACAACAUACGCUCCAACUUACGUGGCUUCACCGAUGAGCUCACAAUGCACAUGCAAUCAAUAUGGACAAAUAAUUGUAACAGUAAAACUAACACAAUUAGAAAGUAGCAUGGCUGCUCGCCGGGACAAACACAAGACACCUGUUUUCAUAGAGAAAGCAAGUAGAGAACAGACGAGGAUCCAGGAGAAACUGAACAGGAAACUGAGGAAGGAUAUUCAAAGAUUACUUCAAGAAGGGACCUAUUCAGAUAUCACUCUUCCAUGUGGACCAACACCAAUGCUCAUCCACAGGGCUUUCAUCAAGUCAAGAGUUCCUGGUCUUCUGGAUAUCCUCUGUCCUGAUGGAGUACCAAACAAGACUAUCCUAGAUGCCAUAGCAGCUGAAGAUUUAAGGCUGUUUGUAAAGUCUGUGUACCAGGAGGAUGAUCUGGAACAAGCAUGGAAAACAUUCCUCUCUUGUAUUGCCAUUCCUGAAGUAGAAGAAGAACAUACAGAAUCAUUGGAUGCUUCCUGUGUAGGAGAUGUAGCAGUAGAUCCUCGAAAUGGUGAGGAGAGCGAAGGUAUGGGUGCUCCAGGUGAAGCAGCAAACUUCAAAGCAUCCACCGGAAAGGAAUUUUCUGAGGCUGAGGAACCUUGUCGAAGACACACUAAUGUAGAUAGUGUAGGCACAUGUAUUGCAGGAGGAGCAGGAAUCCAGGAUGGAUUGUCCAUGAGUCAAGUGGUUCCGAUACAACACGAAGGCACUCCUGAAGAGAGCUGCAUUGGUUUAGAACCAUGCCAGAAUCAGGGCGAAAGGUCAGGAAAUGAUAGUUUGGCAUCAAAACCACUACCUCAUACAGGAGAGACCGAUUCUUCUAAGAUUAAUUGUGCAAAUGGGAUUGAACAAGUAGGGUUGGCUGUAGCUGAUCAUCAAGGAGCAGAAGCUGCAUCAGCUGUCACACAAAGAUAUCACAAGGGCAAUGUGAAACAGAUGGACGUUUGUCAGUAUGUAACCAUAGACUCAACAAUGGGCAUACUUCCCAAUCCAUUACUGCUUAAAGAGAAAUGUGCUCCUGGCCCUACCUUGGCUGGAGACCCUGUCAAUGGAACUGGUAAUAAUGAAGACAUUCCAAGUAAUAGCUCUGAUCGAGCAAUGGGGUCAGAUCCACAUUCUGAUUCCAAUGCUGUUAUAGUUAAUGGUGUGGUUGAUCUAGAUCUUAAUGGACAUGAUGAGCCAGAGACCCAUGGUACUGAUCAGAAACAGUUAUCCAUCCAACCAUCAAAAUUGAGGGAUCCAACAUCAGAUAGUCAAUCUGAAAACUAUGAUGAUCAGGAGGAUUCAAAAAGGAAGCCAAAGAGUCCUGUAGUAGAUGUCCAUGCCAUUGACAGCGAUGAAUUGCAGCAGUUUGUUUCAAGAAUCCUAGAUCUGCCAGUGCCCUCUGGAACCCUUUCAGAAAACUUGAUGCAGCUCCUGGAUUCUGAUGCUUCUACCUUCAGUGACGUCGUUCUGGUAUCUUCUAAUGGAACAAGGAUUCCUGCACACAGAUGUCUCCUUCAUUGUCGCUGUGAGUUCUUUGCUGCUAUGUUGGGAGGUGGAUGGAUAGAGAGUGAGACGCAUGAAAUACAGCUCAAAGGUGUGAGUCGUCCUGUUGUUGAUGCUAUGCUGCGGUUCAUGUACGGAGGGAUUGCUAGUCUUUCAGAUGAGGUCAAUCUCAGAGAUCUCCUGAGUGCAGCUGAUAUGUAUGGGUUGGAGGAAUUGAAAGACCUUACUGCCUUUCAUCUCAAGAGAGACUGGUGCCAUCUCUUUCACAAGCCCCUGUGUGCUGAAUGCUUGAGUCUGAUUCCUCAUUGCUAUGCUUUAUGUGAGAGCUAUGGAUUGCCUGACCUAUCGCUAACAUGCCUCAGGUGGAUGUCUAAGAAUCUUGACCGUUUCUGGAUCCAAAAGACUUUCUCUGCCUUGCCAACUGAGAUGCUUGAAAAAUGCUCUAAAGAUGUUGUAGAUAGUUUAAAUUUCAAAAGUGUAAUAGAGGUCCUGUUCCAACUGGAUAAAUUAAGACUGGGACUUCCUCAAGGUCAGAGUUCCUGGGCAGAACCUGUUAAGGAUAUCACCUCCAAGACUAGGAAACAGGUCCUUCAGUUUGCAGCCAACAAAUUUUAUGUCAUCCUCAGGGAUGGUUCAACGUUUGAGAAUAAAUAUCUGAAGGGUAUGGGAUGGAAGAAGGAUGUAAUGGAGCCAUUGUUCAGGACGGUGGUUUCUGGACUGUCGCUAGAGAAUGCUGAUCUCAAUUUUCAAGCAGUCUGGCGACUUUACAAGAGGGAGAGAACAGAGGAGAAGGAACAGGGAAAAACACCUGAAGAGGAAUGGAAUCAAGAUGCCUAUGUAGCUGUUGGUGGCCUCUAUGAGAAGCUGUAUAACUAUGUAGUGAGUAACGCUAGUUACAUUAUCCAUACAGAAGGCUUCAAGCAAUUACCUGAUGAUCUCCAGAAGCAAAUUAGAAAGGAUGCAGUGUAUGUGGACGAAGGCCUGUCAAAGACAACAAAGAAACCAGUACUCUCAAGCUCACAAAGGCCAAAGUCUGCUCAGGUGAGGAGGACACUCUCUCAUCCUCUUAGAGCUCCAUCUCCAGCAUCAUCUACGUCUUCUGCCUCCUCCACUGGCUCCGCCCCAUCCUCAUCACGGUCAAGAGGAGGAGGGACCAGGUCAACGAGAGGUGCAGUUACUGGGUCAUCAAGAGGAGCAAGGAAUCCACCCAGGGAAUCUGGGGGUUCUGUCAGGGGUGCAGGAGGGCCACAAAGGGGUGCAGGACAUUCGUCUAGGGGUAAUAGAGUUCCUCCCAGGGGUACUGGAAGCAGGUCAGCUAGGGUAACAGUUAGGGCUGGUGGACCAGCUAGGGGUAAUGGAACCAGUGGGUCUAGGGGUGGGGCAGUGGGUGUGUCUGGUAGGGAUGGUACUCAACAACAAAUGGGGCCUAGUGACGGAGGUCAACCUCAAGGGAGUUGAUUGAAAUUUUAUUGAAAUAAAUGUCAUAAUUGAAUGAGGUAUUUUAUAAGGUAGUUAAUUGUUCAAGCAUAAUUACUUAUACAUUUCAAGUUGUCAAAGUGUAAUAUUUGUGUCAGAUACUGUAUAUUCCAAUUCAAUCAUUUCAGUUAAGAUGUGGACCAACAUGUGAUGUGAGUACAAGAUUGGAAAUAAAUAGGUAGAUUGUUGCUUGAUAUCUUGUUUAGUGGGUGAACCAAUCUUGGUAAUGAAAUGAUUUGUGUGAAAGUAUUAAAACAAGAAAAACAAUGUCAAAAUUUGCAAGAAAUUGAAUAAGGAAUACUAAAAGUUAUGGCUUUUAUAUAACUGAAAUUACUUUACACAAUGUGAGAUGUGUACUUAAUUACUUGAAGUAUGAAUUUAUGGAAUCAUUCUUACCCCAGGGUCAUGAAUCAAAUACAACAUAGAUAGCAUAUUGAUAUAUGUCCUCAUUAAAUAAACAGAUGCCAGUUUUAAAGAAAAGUUUUUAAAGAUGAGACAUAAUAGUCAUUUCCUUGAGAAAUAGAUGAGUGACCCAAUAAGCCUACAUCACUAUGACAUUACUCAUGUGGCCAAUUUGAAAUCUGUGGAAAGUGAUUACAUUUUUUUUUACUGCUUUUGAAAAUUCAUAUUUUUUUAUAUUGUUUUUAUGAUUUUGUUCAGACUUCCACAAACCUGCAUCACUGAUUUUUUUCUUCAAUGAAAACAGAUGUCUACAUUGAUUGGUCUCCCCUAGUCUAUGUACAUCAUGUAUGACAAAUUAUCGAGUGAACUACACAACAUGAAUGCCUGACAAUCAAUAUUAGAUUUUAUUUUAUUUUAGAAGUUACAGAAUGUGUUGAUUUUAUAUAAGACAUCUGGAAUACAUUUGUGGUAAUUUUUUUUUUCAUUUAUAAUGAAUGAACAUAUUGUCUAUGGAAAAUAGAGUGUUUUGAAAUUUUUAAUACACUUUGAUUUCUAGUGCAAUUAUCAUACCAAAGUUGUCUUUAGUUUGAUACUGCAACCUUUUCUUAUGCAAUAUGUAUUUGUGUUGUUUGGUAUUUGAGAAGCCUCAAUUUUUAUUGAUAUUUUAUAUAUAUAUUUUAUAAACAAUCAAUUAAAUUGUGUUAAUUUAUCUCUUGAAAAGAUAUAUCUUGACUCGUACAUUGUGCAAAUCACACUAUUCAACUGCCGAAUAUGCUGCCGAAUAUUUCUGCUUUAUCUAUUUGAUAUUGUUUUGGUAGGUACAUGUAAUCAUUGAAUGUUACACGUACAAUGUCCCAAGGACUUCAUGUGUAGUCUAUACAACAAUGCAAAAGAUGAACUAUGCUGGAAACAAGAAAUUUCUAACUUGGUUAUUAUAAAAUUUAAUGAAUUUGACAUGUAUAUCAUAUGAAAGAUGAAGUAUAGCCUUUGUUUUUAACCCAGAUGCAAAUUAUGACGUCAUGCAUAAAUGAUUAUGAAUGAUUGUUCCAUUGUGUUUCAAAUCUUGAAGUGAUCUUUGAAGCAUAGUAUGCAAAGCUUCAAUGAUUAUGACUUAUU